UCUUGAUUGUGAUUUAGAAUAUUCUGAAAUCACUAACAAUGAACUGGAUGAAAUUGUGACUGCAAUAAUGAAAGUGACUACUGUUUGUGGGGAAACAUUAAUGAUGGGUGCUCUUCGAUCACGAGGAUACAAAAUUCAGCGACAGCGAGUCAGGGAUAGUCUUGCUCGAGUGGAUCCUGUUGGUAGAGCACUUCGUCGAAGAUGUGUGAUUUACCGGAGACAUUACAGUGUUCCACAUCCUAAUUACAUAUGGCAUAUCGAUGGCAAUCACAAGCUGAUUGAUCCUUGGGGCUUUGUCAUUCAUGGGGGAAUUGACGGCUUCUCGAGACUCUGCACGUAUCUACGUUGUUCAAACACCAACCGCUCAUCUGUUGUCUUGGAAUGUUUUGCUGAUGCAGUUCAAGCCUAUGGCUGCCCGUCACGUGUACGUACAGAUUAUGGGACUGAAAAUGUGCUUGUUGCACGCUACAUGUUGAGUAACAAAGGACUCUACAGAGGGAGUGUGAUAACCGGAUUGUCCACUCAUAACCAGCGCAUCGAAAGGCUUUGGCGUGAUGUUGGACAGAAUGUCAACUCAUUCUUUAUUGAACUAUUUGACAAUAUGGAACAUACAGGUUUGGCAGACAGGUACAACCCAGUACACAUCUACGCUUUAAGAUACAUUUUUGUGCCGCGCAUAAACAGAGCCCUUGAUGAAUUCCGUAACCAAUGGAAUAAUCAUCCAGUUCGAACAGAGAAGCAUAAUACUCCCAACAUGCUUUUCCUUAGGGGUAUGAUGGUUCAUAAUGAUGCAUUCGAUUUGGACCUCAUCAACACCGUGGACGAAGAUGGUCCUGUGCCAGACAUUCAAACUAACAACAAUGUACAAGUUCCUGAACUGCCAUUUGAUUUAUCCGAAGACACUGUGUUACAACUCCAGACCGAAGUUGAUCCCCUUGCAGAUGAUGGCUACUUUGGUGCAAAUUUGUUCUUGUCCGCUGUGGAGAUUGUUAAUCGUCAAAUCAACAAUCAUGGUUGAUUUGACAGUGUACAUUGUUCUUUUUUAAGGCAAUUGGACAGACAUCAUGUAUUCUUGCCCAAAGAAGAAAUAACAAUAAAGAUGCAUUUGUGAAAAAUAUAUAUUCUUUGUUUUAACUUUAACUUGACUCACUGUGUCCAAAUCAGAGUGAAGCCUCAGACUCA